CUAAUGUUUUCAUGCCCUGCUGCUCAACGGCCGUACUGGCUGAAUCCUCCACGAUUGUGUACCUCCACGUUUCUCCUUUUAUAGUACAUGUACCUUCCCCACGGAUUUUGUUUAAAGAGAAAACCCUAACGCAUGGAACCAUUGAUCAGCGACUUCAACCUUGGAACUAGACAGACUACCAGAACUCGCAAUUCCGAACGAAGCACGGAAUCCCUGGCUCACACGCACCGCACAACAAUCGGGAUAAUAAUAGAUAUGAUUUCGAGUACCCCCUUGCCCUUGGGUUGGUUACAUCUAUCACGGACGUCAUGGUGAUCAGGUUAGCAAGCCUGGCACUUGUCAACCCAACCCACGAGACUGCUCAUUGGUGCGAUUGAUAGGUUGCCCCCCAAGUGGCAGAUCGUGGGGCGCUGUUUGGUGGCCGGCCGGAAGGAUUUAUUUGCUCAGUGGGUCUGGGAGUGUGAGGAAAAAAGGAAAGAAAUUUAUUUCUUAGUAUUACAAAAUACCAAGAGCGCGGAAUGGUGCACAAGAUUCCAAGACUUCCUGGAAAAACUAACCCAGAUUGAGUUGCGAGGACUUGCUUCAGAUUAAGCUCAAAACCGAAUCGAUAGGCUCAACAGGCCAUGAGAUAUGUACCUUUUUUUGAAGUUGUGAACAAAAACCUGUUCAAAAUACGGAGUAGUGAUGUGCAAUAUUUUUUUUUUCUUUUUCCAUCUGCUUUUUUGCAGAAAAAAUUGAUGGAUCUGGAUUUUGGCAAUCCGCAAAUCCUGAUGACGGGGGCCUCAAGGGUCACUUGGUACGACUUGGGCUGGGGCAGGUACAUGUACAGAACAUCCCUGGAGUGAAACUCGGAGGCCCGUCAUUCGUUGAUGGAACGCCUAGCCUCGCAUGCACAUCAAACCUUGUGGGUUUGUCAUAACAAAAGCACAUCUGGAUGCAGCCCUGAGCGCCCUCACACUGCACCCAACAAAUCCACGGUCCGGGGCUCACGCUAUUGCGUAACAGACGUUUCGAGUUUUCAAAACUCGGAUCCGAAGAAUCAAGGCACAGGAAUACGGACAUGUUGAAACCAGGGAUUGGUUUCUGCUCAUGUUUCUCAGCAAAUCCGAAUUCAACCCAUCCAUCUUAUGCUGUCUAUUUAGCUGCCAUGCUUAAUUCGCAUUUUGGGGGUUGAGCAGAAGACCACGAGGAAGAUGGGCUACGGUUUAUUUUUCCCACGCUAUCUCGGUAUUCGGCGGGAGGAAGCGCAGCGCUACGUUUUUCAAUCUGACCCAAACUUUCCGUGGGAAAUGCCAUUCUAUCUGACCCACUGGGGGCACAACUCCUCCCGUCGUGGCUUUGUUGACUAGCGCGGUUUAUCAAAAAUUUUAGGAGCAUCUGGGUCUCGAUUGGAGGCGCUACCUUGCACAUCAUUCUGCAACCCAGCGCCAAAACCCUGACUCCAUCGACUGUCAGGUCAACCUUAAGGAUCUUACCCUUGCGGUACCCGAUUCGUGUCAAUUAUAUUACCCCUCUCGUCUUGGAAGCUGUUGGAGUUUCUAGCUAAUUCCCAGUAUAAUCGUCGUUUUACUUUUGGCACUCACUCGGAUCAUCUUAUGGGGAGUGUGCGUGGUAGGUUGUUGCAGAGAGAUCUCCCAUUUGACAGGCACAGUAGUGUUGCCUUCAUGUCUGCCGAAUGAGAGCCAACUCUCGCACCCAUUUUCCCUGCCGGGGUAAUCUCAGCAAUAGUAUUGGGUCUUGGUCUCCAUAGCCCACCCUGUUAACUCCACGCCUUCCAAAAUAACAAUGCUGUGUCAAAAAGCUUCCCGUGAUGGUACCAGAGUAGCAACAACUUUCCCCUUCUUGGUUCUCCCUCACCCUCAAUUUUUGAUCUAGACCCAACCUACUAGAACAUUUCCUGUUUUGAUCCUGCACACUGCAAUUUGAGUGCUGUCCGCAUGAUUCAUAACUCCGAAUGGCGGCUGCUUUCCAUUUCCUGUCUAACGUCCGACUGGCUAGCACCGAAGGCCAUCAUUGACGUAACUCAUUCCCGUCCAACAUAGUUUCCGUUGACUUUAAAAGCUGGAGGAUAAGCUGAGUUAGCAACCGUUUAGACAUCCGCAUGUCCCGCAAGGUGGAAUCAGAAGAGGAGUCGAAAAAUAUGGUUCUAUCGUAUUCAAGCGAGUUCAGAAACGGCGGACAAACACAAACUCUUCCGCCAUUCAGAGAUCUCCUUCCUCAAUAUCUUCAUGAGGAGAUAGAUUCUACGCCAUACUCCGCUCCUACGACACCUCAUCACCAAGGGUCACCUUCAUUUAUUUCAUCACCUGUGCACCCUAGAUCGAUUCUAGGAGCCAGUCUUUCACGCUCACAUUCGGCAACUAAAAUCGAUAGCUAUAAUGAAAUUCCUCUCCGGACUGAUAGAUUCCCAAAAUAUCAACCUCACGGAGGAGUUCCGUCUCUCAAACGGCAGGCUUCCGAUACCAUCGGCCCGUCAACGUCCAUUUCAAAUUCUUGCUUCAAUUCUGGGGGAGCACUUCCUCCCAUAAGUGACAUUCACUCGAUUCCUACGGAUAGAAGCCCUUACAAUAGAGGACAGGUCGGACUUGAACCCAAUAGCCUGCCACCAGAAUAUCAAAAUUCCCCUAGUCAAAACACCCCUUCUUUUGACUCGAGACCUACAAGUUCGCAUCUUACGGGAUGCCAACCCUUACAUGUCAUCCCACCAAACCCCAUUUUACCGUCCGAGCCUCUGAGACUCAAUCACCCAUAUGAAAGCCCACGAUACGGAUCCCACCCUCAUUCCUUCAGGCAUGAGUUUGAUUACUCCCCAAUUUCCACUAGUAGUCUUCAAGAUCGAAGUUUCGUGACUCAAGCCGAACCGUCUGAUUCGAAAAACAAAAAGCGAAGAGGGAAUCUACCGAAAUCAGUAACUGAUGUACUUCGAGCUUGGUUCCAUGAACAUCUUGAUCACCCUUAUCCUAGCGAGGAGGACAAGCAAAUGUUCAUUAGUAGAACCGGUUUGACUAUUAGCCAGAUUAGCAACUGGUUCAUUAACGCCCGACGUCGCCAACUGCCGGCACUGCGAAAUCAAGUGCGAGCGUCCGAAUCAGAUAGGAGCGGGCAUCGACAAUCCCCGUUAAGCGACAAUGAGCAAACUUCCUCACCGUCCAGCAUGUAAUCGCAUAAUUAAUGAUAUAUACGCCAUGAACAAAAAGUAUACGUUUUUUAAUUUAAUGGAUCGCUUUUUCUACCUCUUUACAUUUUCGGCCUUCCCAAUUCCCACUUUCAUGCAAAAAAGUGUCUCAUAUAUAUAUAUUUUCUUCCGAGCCAGGAUUACCUUGCCUUCCUUCUUUCUAUUUCAAAGUUAGUUCCUGUUAAGUCUCGGUGGUUCUCAGGACGCUUUUGUGAUCGAUAAAAUCAGGGAGGAAAUAUUAUUACAUUUUACCGGCGUUCAAUAUUUUUGAAAAAGAAGGCGUCGGUAUUAACACGAUCCAGUUUCCUCCUUCUAAUGUAGUUGUUUUUGAAACAUAAUAGAAGACGUUAUAUACAUUUGGU